CUCUCUCUUUUCUCUCUCUCUCUCUCUCCUCCUCUCAUACGCUCUCUCGUGCGUGUCUCAGUCGCUCUCUGCUGCUCAGUUCAUCAUGUUGGCUGGAGAAUGCUGCGUGCGGCAGCGCUCUCUCUCCUGCCCUGGCGCGGGACACGUCUGUCCCACCCGCUGCAGCUGAGCACUCUCACGGAGGAGGACGAGCCUGAACGGCAGCAGCAGGAGGAAGAGGACGAAGACGAAGGCUCCGGGGUCCAGCCGGACCCCAUGUUCCAACAAACGGCGUACCUGCUGGAAGGUCCGGAGGACAUGGUGGUGUCGCCUGGGGGGCUGAAGUCUCCAGACUGGGUGUACGAGUCCUACUACCGUAUGAGCCUGCAGCAUCCACUCAUCGUGUUCCUGUUGCUCAUCGUCAUGGGAGCAUGCCUGGCUCUGCUCGCUGUGUUUUUUGCCUCCGGACUGACCAUGGAGGAGCACAUGGCCUUCAUCAUGACUGUGCCCACAACUCUGGCCAUUUUUCUUGCCAUCUUCAUCCUCGUCUGCAUUGAGUCAGUCUUCAAAAAGCUUCUCCGCCUCUUCUCCCUGCUCGUCUGGGGCUGUCUGGUUGCCAUGGGUUACCUCUUCAUGUUCUUCGGUGGGAUCAUCUGUCCAUGGGACCAGGUGUCGUUUUUCCUGUUUAUUGUGUUUGUGGUGUACACCAUGCUGCCGUUCUCCAUGAGGGAUGCCGUCAUCGCUAGUGUCCUCACUUCAUCCUCCCACACACUAGUGCUCAGCAUCUGGCUCUCGAACACUACAGACCACAUGGAGGCCCUUGUCUGGCAGAUCCUGGCUAACAUCAUCAUCUUCAUCUGUGGAAAUGUGGCGGGAGCCUAUCACAAACACCUGAUGGAUCUGGCUCUCAAACAGACGUACCACGACACCUGCAACUGCAUCAAGUCUCCCAUCAAACUGGAAUUUGAGAAACAUCAGCAGGAGCGUCUUUUGCUGUCUCUGCUGCCCGCCCACAUUGCAAGGGUGAUGAAGGCAGAGAUUAUUCAGAGACUGAAGGGGCCUAACUUUGGGCAGGCGGAAAACACCAACAACUUCCACAACCUCUACGUACAGAGACACACCAACGUAAGCAUUCUGUAUGCAGACAUUGUUGGAUUCACACGUCUAGCCAGUGACUGUUCACCUGGAGAACUUGUCUACAUGCUCAAUGAGCUCUUCGGCAAAUUUGACCAGAUAGCCAAGGAUAACGACUGCAUGCGGAUCAAGAUCCUGGGCGACUGCUAUUACUGUGUGUCAGGGCUGCCGGACCCUCUGACCGAUCAUGCCAAUAACUGUGUGAAAAUGGGGCUGGACAUGUGUGAGGCCAUCAAGAAAGUGAGAGAUGCUACCGUGGUUGACAUUAACAUGCGUGUUGGAGUGCACUCUGGGAAUGUUCUCUGCGGUGUGAUUGGCCUUCAGAAAUGGCAGUAUGAUGUUUGGUCACAUGACGUCACCCUGGCCAAUCACAUGGAGGCGGGGGGUGUCCCCAGACGGGUUCACAUCUCUUCUGUGACACUGGAACAUUUGAAAGGAGCGUCAAUCGAGCCAGGCAACGGACAAAGCAGAGAUUCUUACCUGAAAGAGCACGGCAUCAUCACGUAUCUAGUCAUCAACCCGAAGGCAGAAAAACGGAGUCCCCCGCUACCUGCUCGUCUUCGCACCACUCUGGAUGGGGUCAAGAUGAGGGCGUCUGUCCGCAUGACGCAGUACCUCGAGUCCUGGGGAGCGGCCAAACCGUUUGCUAACCUCCACCAUCGAGACAGCAUGACCAACGAGAACGGCAAGAUCAACACACACGAUGUGCCAUUAGGGCAGUACAACUUUCAACAUAGGUCUGAAAGAACAAAAUCACAGAAAAAGAGAUUUGAAGAGGAGUUGAACGAAAGAAUCAUUCGCACUAUUAACUCAAACAACUCAUCCAACAGAGCCACAAAUCUGCCUGCCUUCAAGGGCACAAUCAUAACCUUGAGCAAGUGGAAUAGAAGCAAAUAUGCUAAGGACCAAUGGGGCAAAGCAGCCUCACUGCACAAUGCCCUGGCUUCCCUGGCUCCUCUAAAAGUCAUCACAAAAAAAGGCCCUGGAGACGACUUGCGCUCAUCCAUGGGCAAAACCACUGCACUGAUCCUAGGUGUCUUCUUAGGGCGAAGAUUAGGUACGGUAGCAUCACCUCCACUCAACAUUUUCCAAUUAACAGUAUGGUAUGGUCCAUAUGGUCAAACCACAGGGGGACCCUCAAAACAUACCAAGUUCUACUUGCCAUAUUUCAUCUACAGCUGCAUUCUGGGAUUGAUCUCAUGCUCCGUGUUCCUGAGGAUAAACUAUGAGCUGAAGAUGAUAAUUAUGCUUGCUGCUGUAGUGGGUUACAAUAUCAUCAUUCUUCAGACCCAUGCCUCUGUACUGGAUGAUUACAGCAUGGCCUCUACAAGACCCAGCAAAACAGACCGGCCGGGUGUUCUUAAAGAUUUGAAGACCAUGGGCUCUGUGUCAUUGUUCAUUUUCUUUGUCACUUUGCUUGUGCUGGCCAGACAGAAUGAAUAUUACUGUAGGUUAGACUUCCUGUGGAGGAACAAGUUUAAGAAGGAGUGUGAGGAGAUUGAGACCAUGGAGAACCUAAACCAGGUGCUUCUGGAAAAUGUACUUCCUGCCCAUGUGGCAGAACAUUUCCUGGGGAGGAACUGGAAGAAUGAGGAUCUCUACCAUCAGUCGUAUGAUCUGGUAUGUGUGAUGUUCGCCUCCAUCCCAGACUUCAAGGAAUUUUACACAGAAUCUGACGUUAAUAAGGAAGGAUUGGAGUGUCUCAGGCUCCUUAAUGAGAUUAUAGCAGAUUUUGAUGAGUUGCUGUCAAAACCCAAAUUCAGUGGCGUGGAGAAGAUCAAAACUAUUGGCAGCACAUACAUGGCUGCUACGGGGUUGAAUGUGACCCCUGGACCAGAGUAUGCGCAGGACUACGACCGGCAGUACAUGCACAUUGGAACAAUGGUGGAGUUUGCGUUUGCUUUGGUGGGGAAGCUUGACGUCAUCAACAAACAUUCCUUUAAUGACUUCAAGCUGCGAGUGGGAAUAAACCAUGGCCCAGUAAUUGCAGGAGUAAUCGGAGCACAGAAACCGCAGUACGAUAUCUGGGGGAACACUGUGAAUGUAGCCAGUAGGAUGGAAAGCACAGGGGUGCUUGGCAAAAUCCAGGUCACAGAGGAGACGAGUCGGAUCUUGCAGACGUUGGGCUACAUGUGUUCCUGUCGAGGGAUCAUCAACGUGAAGGGCAAAGGGGAUCUCAAAACCUUCUUCGUUCACACUGAGAUGACACGAUCCUUAUCACAAGGGAAUGUAAUGCCUUGAACCUCAGUCACACACUAGUCAGUCACUGACCUGAUUAAAACGUGUACAGUUCAAUAUAGCAUUGGCCUGUUGUAGUGGAGCUCUACAGCAUUCUGUUUGCACCACAUACACUAGAUUAUUUGCAUUGCUUUAUAAGUAAUGGAUGGCUCAGAGGCUCUGUGUAACUCAGACUUGUAAUUGUGUGUCGCUCAAUCCAUAAUUUAAAGCAGCAGAAUUUUGUAAAAUAAAGACGGUUAACAAAGUUGGCCAUGUUUUGAUGCUAUCAUUUUGUUAUCCAUUAAAAUUUAUAUAUAAAUGUCAAA